GUCAAAAAAUUCAACACACCAGCAGUGUGAGGAGACCUGAAAGUGGCACAUGGCAUGGCAGAGUGUGGCGAUGGAGACAGCAGCAAUGGGAGGCCGUACAGGGACCCAUGAGAGACUCUGGACUUGGCAGCAGCAUGAGGAGGCGGUAUAUAGGGGCCCAUGGCAGAUUAGGGGCCUGGCAGCAGCUAUGGGAGGCCCGUAAUCUGCCAGCACCCUAUGUCAAAAAAUUCAACACACCAGCAGUGUGAGGAGACCUGAAAGUGGCACAUGGCAUGAGAGACUGUGGACCUGGCAGCAGCAUGAGGAGGCGGUAUAGGGGCCCAUGGCAGAUUAGGGGCCUGGCAGCAGCUAUG